AUGUCGAAACAAGGGAAGGGCGGCGAUGGCGCCGACAACAACUUGGGCCAGUACAAAUAUGCGGCCAUGUCGAAUUUGGUCCUGCAGGCCGAUAGACGAUUUGUCUCGCGACGAGGGGACGAUGCCACUGGUGAUCCGGAGUCACUGGCUGGAAAGAUCAAAUUGGGAGAAAUGGGUUCAAGGACGGCGCGAGAAAAGGCGCCGGUGUCUGCAGCGACGAACGAGGGCGCGAAAAAGAGGAAGCGGACAGAACCUGUGCAGAGCUCACGACAGGCUGGAAUUUUGAGCGCACAGGAUAUGAAUAUCGAAGGCCUGCGAUACCGACCUCGAACCGCUGCGACAAAGGACGUAUACGACCUCAUCUCAUCGAAUGUCGCACAGAAAAUGGGUGGCGACUAUGGGCUGGCGAUCACAGCUUCUGCCACUGAUUCGAUCCUCGAAUACCUGAAGGACGACACUUUGAAGGACUUUGACAAGAAGAAGGAGAUUGACGACAUUCUUGGAAUCACGCUAUCGAGCAAAGAGUUCAAUCAGCUUGUCAAUCUGGGAAAGAAGAUUACAGACUACGAGGCGCAAGAUGACGACCAGGAAAUGGGAGAUGGCAAUGACGACGAGACUGCCAUGGAUGAACAACAAGGAGUCGCCGUCGACUUCGGCGAUGAGUCGGAGGAUGAAGAUGCGAAUCAAACGUUCGAGGUUCGGGACGAGAACGACGAAUCGGAAGACGACCUGGCCAUGGGUACGGAAGACCUGGCAGAGGACGGCGCGGGCCCGCCGCCUGACGCAGAAGGAGGUGGCGAGGAAGAGGAUGAUGGACUGGUAAUCGAGAGUCGACCCAGACGGACAGGCAAAGAGGGGAAAGAUCCAAAUUUUGUCCCUGCACACGAGAUCGACGCAUACUGGUUACAGCGGCAUAUUGGUGAUAUCUACGACGAUGCGCAUAUCCAGGCCGAAAAGACCAAAGAGGCUGAGGCAAUAAUGUCAGGAACAGACGAGUCAGGCCAGGAGCGGCCACUAGGACAAGUGGAAAACGACCUCAUGGAGCUCUUCGACUAUGAACAUCACGAGCUGGUCGGAAAGCUUGUAAAGAACAGAGAUAAGAUCGUCUGGGUAACGAGAUGGCGGCGAGUUGCCGAAGACGAUGAAUCUCGGGUCAUCGUAGAGAAGGAAAUGGUGAACGCUGGUCACGCCAGUAUCUUGAAGGAACUCCGCGGCCGUGACGAGACAACAGGCAAGCCUAAGAUCCAAGUGAAGCUGGACCCGAUGCAGCUUGACGCGAAGCUGGAAGUCAAGGACGAGGAAGAAGUCAAGAAGGAGGGCCUAGUGGGAGGCCUGCAACCUCGCAAGACGUUGAAUCUGGAGGACCUGAAAUUCGACCAAGGCAACCACUUGAUGACCAACCAGAACGUACGAUUGCCGCAGGGCUCAACGAAGCGAACUUUCAAAGGCUAUGAAGAAAUACAUGUCCCAGCACCGAAGCGCAAGCAGGUCCCCGGCGAACGACCUUUGAUCAAAUUGGAAGAGCUGCCUGCUUGGGCACGACCCGGAUUCGGCUCAAAUCCAUCGCUCAAUCGCAUUCAGACAGAGUGCCAUGAUUCUGCGUUUCUGGGAGAUGGCAACAUGCUCAUUUGUGCACCCACAGGUUCAGGAAAGACCAAUGUGGCGAUGCUCACGAUGUUGCGCGAAAUUGGCAAGCAUCGCAAUCCAGAGACUGGUCGAAUCAAUCUGGACGAGUUCAAAAUUAUCUAUAUUGCUCCAUUGAAGGCAUUGGUCCAAGAGCAAGUCGGCAACUUUGGCAAGCGUCUGGAGUCUUACGGAAUUAAGGUCUCCGAGCUGACAGGUGAUCGUCAGCUCACCAAGCAGCAGAUCGCAGAGACGAAUGUCAUUGUCACGACUCCUGAGAAGUGGGACGUCAUCACGCGAAAGGCCACAGACACCAGCUACACGAAUCUUGUCCGACUGAUCUGUAUCGAUGAAAUCCAUCUGCUGCAUGACGACCGUGGCCCGGUUCUCGAGAGUAUUGUUGCGCGUACGAUCCGUCGGACUGAGCAGACGGGCGAUCCUGUGCGAAUCGUUGGUCUCUCGGCUACUCUGCCAAACUACCGCGAUGUGGCAUCUUUCCUCAGAGUCGAUGUGGAGAAGGAUCUGUUCCAUUUCGAUGGUACCUUCAGGCCUUGCCCGCUUAAACAAGAGUUUAUUGGUGUCACCGACAAGAAGGCUAUCAAGCAGCUCAAGACCAUGAACGAUGUGUGCUACACGAAAGUGCUUGAGCAGGUUGGGCAAAACAAGAACCAGAUGCUCAUCUUCGUUCAUUCGCGAAAGGAAACUGCAAAGACCGCCAAGUACAUUCGUGACAAGGCCCUUGAACUUGACACGAUCGGGCAGAUUCUGCGCACUGACGCUGCGUCGAGAGAGAUCUUGCGCGAAGAAGCUGAGACGUGCCAGAACUCAGAUCUGAAGGGUGUUCUCCCAUAUGGUUUCGGUAUACAUCAUGCCGGUAUGAGCAGAGCAGACAGAACUGCCGUCGAGGACUUAUUCGCGGAUGGUGCGAUACAAGUACUCGUUUGUACCGCUACACUGGCUUGGGGUGUGAAUCUGCCUGCCCAUACCGUGAUCAUCAAGGGCACUCAAAUCUACUCCCCUGAAAAGGGUUCGUGGGUAGAAUUGAGUCCUCAAGACGUCUUGCAAAUGCUCGGUCGUGCCGGCCGUCCCCAGUACGAUACAUAUGGUGAGGGUAUCAUCAUCACGACGCAGGCAGAGAUCCAGUACUACCUGUCGUUGCUCAACCAGCAACUGCCCAUCGAGUCACAGUUCGUGUCACGUUUGGCAGACAACCUCAAUGCCGAGAUUGUGCUGGGCAAUGUGCGGACUCGAGAUGAAGGCGUUGAAUGGCUCAGCUACACGUACCUGUUUGUGCGGAUGCUGCGAUCGCCUGCCCUGUAUCAAGUCGGCGCGGACUAUGACGACGACGAGAUCCUGGAGCAAAAGCGCGUGGAUCUUAUUCACUCAGCAGCUGUCGUCCUCGAAAAGGCAAGCUUGAUCGCGUACGACAAGAAGAGUGGCCGUCUGCAGAGCAAGGAUCUGGGCCGUGUUGCAAGUCACUACUAUAUCACACACAACAGUAUGUUGACCUACAAUCUGCACAUUCAGCCUUCGGUCAGCCCAAUUGAGCUCUUCAGAGUGUUCGCGCUCAGUGAUGAGUUCAAAUACAUUCCUGUACGACAGGACGAGAAGCUUGAAUUGGCCAAGCUGCUCGGAAGAGUUCCAAUUCCUGUCAAGGAAACCAUUGACGAACCGCAAUGCAAGAUCAAUGUCCUUCUCCAAGCAUAUGUCAGCCGACUGAAAUUGGAGGGACUUGCCCUGAUGGCAGAUCUCGUCUAUGUCACGCAAUCUGCUGGUCGUAUCCUCCGCGCCAUGUUCGAGAUUGCUUUGAAGAAGGGGUGGUCGCAGGUGGCGAAGGACGCAUUGGAUCUAUGCAAGAUGGCAGAGAAACGCAUGUGGCCUACCAUGACCCCACUUCGCCAAUUCGCAGACUGUCCACCGGACAUCAUCAAGAAGGCUGAGCGUAUGGACGUGCCGUGGUCGAGCUACUUCGAUCUUGAUCCACCCCGCAUGGGCGAGCUUCUGGGCAUGCCCAAACAGGGACGACAAGUUUGCAACCUGGUUGCAAAGUUUCCGCGACUUGACAUCCAGGCACAAUGUCAGCCAGUCACCCGAAGCAUGCUCCGCGUCGAACUGACCAUUACACCAAAGUUCGAAUGGGACGACAACAUCCACGGUCGCGCUGAGAAUUGGUGGAUCGUGGUCGAGGACUGUGAUGGCGAGGACAUUCUGUUCCACGAUCAGUUCCUGCUCCGCAAGGAGUACGCCGAAGCUGAGAUGAACGAGCAUGUCGUAGAAUUCACAGUUCCGAUCUCUGAACCGAUGCCGCCCAAUUACUUCAUCUCGGUCAUAAGCGACAGAUGGAUGCAUGCCGAGAGCAAGCUCACGCUCUCAUUCCAGAAGCUUUCACUGCCCGAGAAAUUCCCAGCGCACACUCAGCUCCUGGAUAUGCAGCCUUUGACUAUCGAACAGCUGAAGAGGCAGGAGUUCAUCGAUCUUUAUUCUGAUAUUCCUCAGUUCAACAAGAUUCAGACGCAGACAUACGAUGCCCUUUUCCGGUCGGACGAGAAUGUCUUCGUGGGUGCGCCAACAGGCAGUGGCAAGACUAUCUGCGCAGAAUUUGCAUUGCUGCGCCACUUCACGAAAGCUCAAGGCGGGAAAGCCGUUUACAUCGCUCCUUUCCAGGAGCAAGUGGACGCAAGGCAUGAGGCAUGGAAGAAGGCUCUUGGACCGUUGGCCGGCGGCAAAGCUGUUGUUAAGCUUACGGGCGAGACAACUGGUGACUUGAAGCUACUCGCCGAAGGCGACCUCAUCUUGGCAACACCCGUGCAAUGGGAUAUGAUGUCCCGGCAAUGGCAGCGCAGGAAGAACGUGCAGAACGUCGAGCUCGUCAUUGCCGAUGAUCUUCACAUGCUCGGCGGUCACGGCGGCUACACCUAUGAGGCUGUCGUCUCCCGAACGCAAGCGAUCAAGGCUCAGCUCGAGAACGACCUUCGCACAAUUGGGUUGAGUGUCUCGCUAUCCAACGCGAAAGACAUUGGAGAGUGGAUUGGUUGCAGCAAGCGCACCAUCUUCAACUUCAGCCCUAACAACCGACCUCUGCCUUUGAACUUGCAUCUCCAAACAUUCAACAUCCCGCACUUCCCCUCGCUCAUGCUUGCAAUGACCAAGCCGACUUAUCAAGCAGUCCUGCAGUACGCUCCUGAGAAGCCAGCGAUGGUCUUCGUGCCGAGCAGAAAGCAAGCUCGUGCAACAGCACAAGACUUGCUCGCGGCUUGCAUUGCUGCUGAUGACGAAGAUCGAUUCUUGCAUACAGAAGCAGACCAACUGGCACCAAUCUUGUCUAGAGUCAAGGAGAAGACUUUGGCAGAGUCCCUAUCGCACGGUAUCGCCUACUACCACGAAGCGCUCAGUGACUCUGACAAGCGCAUCUCCACGUCACUGUUCAAGCAGGGCGCCGUUCAGCUUCUCAUUGUCUCAAGAGACUGCUGCUGGGAGAUCGAGCCUGCAGCACACUUGGUGAUUGUGAUGGGAACUCAAUUCUACGAGGGACGUGAGCAUCGCUACAUUGACUAUCCCAUCGCCGAAGUUUUGCAGAUGUUCGGGAAAGCAGGGCGCCCUGGCGAGGAUAGGGAUGCUCGCGGUGUGCUCAUGUGCCCAGACACCAAGCGCAACUAUUACAAGAAGUUCUUGGCUGAGGCGUUGCCCAUUGAGAGUCAAUUGCUGUCCUACCUCCAUGAUGCAUUCGUGACCGAGAUCAGCACGAAGACUAUCGAGAGCACACAAGACGCCGUCGAUUGGACGACAUAUACAUACCUCUACCGACGGCUGCUUGCCAACCCAAGCUUCUAUGGUCUCACAGAUACAACGCACGAUGGGCUCAGUGCAUAUUUGUCUGAGCAGGUGGAACAGACCUUGAAGGACCUGACUGAUGCGAAGAUCAUCGAGAUGGACGAGGAUGAAGACACAAUUACACCUCUCAACGCUGCCAUGAUCGGAGCCUACUACAAUAUCUCCUUCAUCACAAUGCAAACAUUGCUCCUGUCUUUGAAGCGCGGCACGAAGCUGAAAGGCAUUCUCGAGAUCGUAACAGCGGCAACAGAGUUUGAAGACAUUCAGAUUCGUCGUCACGAGGAGCACAUCUUGUCACGAAUCUACGAUCGUGUGCCGGUCAAGCUCGGCGAAGUCAACUUCGAAUCACCGCACUUCAAGUCCUUCGUCUUGCUGCAAGCACACUUCUCGAGAAUGCAGCUGCCGGCAGAUAUGGCCAAAGACCAGGAGAUCAUCCUUCGCAAGGUCUUGAGCAUCCUCAGCGCUUGUGUUGAUGUACUCUCAUCGGAAGGCCACCUCAACGCCAUGAAUGCUAUGGAAAUCUGCCAGAUGGUUGUGCAGGCGAUGUGGGAUCGCGACUCUCCACUCAAGCAGAUUCCUCACUUCGAGGACGAGAAGAUCGCAGUGUGCAGCAAAUUUGGCAUCAAGGAUGUCGUGGAGUUCCAAGAUGCUAUGGACCCUGAUGAGAAUCCAGAUCAUGGCAAGCUCAUGGCCGGUCUGGGCUUCAGCAAUGCUCAACUCGCAGAUGCUGCCCGUUUCAUCAACGAGAGGUAUCCUAAUGUCGAGAUGGCGUUUGAGCUUGACGAUCCUGAGAACGUUGCGUCUGGGCAGCCUUCGUACGUCAACGUUUCUAUCACAAGACAGCUCGAAGAGGAUGAAGAACCCAAUCUGCAGGUUCAUGCACCAUUCUAUCCGGCUCCGAAGACGGAGAAUUGGUGGCUUGUGGUUGGCGAGGAAAGCACGAGGAAUCUGCUUGCCAUCAAGCGCGUCACGGUUGUGAGGGAGUUGAAGACUAAGUUGGAGAUUGUGGUGCCCACGCCUGGAAAACAUGAGUUGACGUUGUUUUUGAUGAGUGAUAGCUACGUUGGCGUGGACCAGGCACCGACUUUUGAGGUUGAUGCUGCGGAGGGCAUGGAAGAGGACGACGAAGAAGAAGAGGAUGAGUGAUAGAUCGAACUCUCUUCGCUAAGCCACUGUAGAUGUAAAUGUGAAAAUUGAAAAUUUAGCGACGUGAUUGUACAGUUGGCGACUCGUUCAAGAGGAAAUUCGUUUGAAAAGGUC